AUGGGGAGUUCUUUGUUAACCAUCUUGUUGGUUGUGUGUUCCACGGGUGGCCACCACUUUUUAUUCAACUAUCCACCUAAUCCAAGACGACCUAUUGCAUCGACCAACAACCGGCAUUCCAAGUCGGCAUUAUCACCAUCCUCUUCUUCUUCUUUGCAAAAACGAUCGAGCAGCCCAUGUCCUGAUGCACGCGAUUACCCCCCUGCUACCAAGGAAAAUAUUUUGAACUUUGACACGGAAUUCCUUGCAGGUGCGUUGGCUCCCAAGCUACCGCUAUGUGAUGGGAAGUUUCAACUGAGUAUCGACGAGCUGACGUUUGUGGGGCAUCCUGUGAGCUUAUCAUCCGGCAAAAGUUCGUCGUCGCCUUCCACCAGCAAUGGCGGUGGAUCAUCCUCCACAGCAGCAGCAGAAGAACACAAAUCUCACAUGACCUUGUUCCAUGUUGUAUUCGUGCUAUCGCCACCUGAUCUUGAAUUGUAUGCUCAAGUCGAUGCCCUAUAUACACACGUCGUAAGGAGGUACACCGCCGCAUUGCAAUAUGAACAACUGAGAUGUGGAUACAUCCAAGAUGAAUUCGAUAAGAUUUUGACCAUACGAGAAAAUGCAAACAAAGGAUUGCCCUAUGAGGACUUGAUCCAAGACAUUCUACGUGAAUCAUCCUUGGCUCGUGACAUCAAGCAAAUCUAUACCGCUUUAUCAACCGAUUCGAUCGCUCAUAUCAUCAUCAACGACUUUAUCGACUUGUCAUUGCAAAUUCCCGUGUUUGGGGAAAGCAGCAUGGGACCUACUCAGCGUACACAAGACUAUCAUUAUGCAUCAUUGAUGGACAUUUAUGGCGUUUCCGGAUACGAAUACGACAACUACCCUGUCAUCUGCCCUUAUCAUACAUUGCUGCUUCUUGAGGAUCCAGAAGAAGUACUCAAAAACAUGCCAUUGGAUGCUAGCCCCACAUUGGUACAAUUGGUGCAAAUCCUUACGCCCACGCAAAGUUUACAGGAAUUGCAUCUUGUCCUCGAUUGCUCUCUUGCCCAAAUCUAUCGACUCGCAGCGCAUCUCAUUUAUUGGAGAAAGGCCAAAUUGAUUCACACCAUUCAUGCACGUAACAUUUAUGUCGUUUCACCACAAGCAAAACUUCAAGAUCUAGCCAGCUUGAAUGCUGAUUUCAAAAUGCAUGUUGCCGUACCCAAUUUGGAUUUGCCUCGUUUACUUUCUCAACUAUCCAUUGCCAAACCACUCCACGUCAUUGCAUCAAAGGAAUUUCGUAAUCAGUAUUUGGAAGCAAUCACGUAUCUGGUGCGAAAGGACCUUGUUGUACAGCUGCACAUGUUUCUGGUUCUGAUCGAUCCAACAGCAGGCGGUGGUAUGCGAGAUGAUGAUACAACAACAGCACUUAGCAGGCGAAGCAGCUCCAAUAGCAGCAACAUGGCGGCCAACAAUGCAUCCCCACCAGCCGCCCUCUCUGGAGAUGGUAUUCCUUCAUCAUCAAGUCCUGGAAUGGCUGAACGUCAGCGAUUACGUCGAUUCAUCCAUGAUAAAGCACCCAAGGAAAUCAUUGACUUGUUCGAAAGGUUGGUGCCUUACAUGGAUGGCAAGCAUCACAUUGAAGAGAUCAUGUAUCGUGAAGGCGUUUCAAGAAAGCAGCUUAACCUCGUACUCAAAUACUAUAGAGACAAUAUCGUCACCGUAUACCAUUACUAA